AUGGCCCCAGUCCCUAAAGCAGCGGGGCGGCCGGCGGGGAGCCCCCGGGGGAGCGGGCUCACCAUCGCGGCGGCGGCUCUGUGUCUGUUGCAUGGGGGGCUUUGGCGCUCCGGCUGCCGCUCGCCGGGACUGAUGAGUGACUGCAGCCCGGCCCGGAGGAAGAUCUGCCGGGGGAGGAGGAGGAGGAUGGCGGCGGCGGGGCCGGUGUGUAAGUGUCCCCGGACCCGGUUGCCCGUGGGGGGGGCCAGUGCCUUGUGUGUCUUUGUCCUUUGCUGGCUCUACAUCUUCCCCGUGUACCGGCUGCCCGACGAGAAGGAGGUCGUGCAGGGGGUGCUGCUGCAGCAGGGCAAGGCGUGGAGGAGCAACCAGACCGCAGUCACCGGCUUCAGGAAACAGCUGGAAGACUGUUGUGACCCCGGUCAGCUCUUUGCUAUGACAAAACAGAACUCUCCGCUGGGAAAGAACCUCUGGUUUGAUGGGGAAUUUUUACAUUCUGUCACUAUUGACAAUGCAACUUACUCCCUUUUCCCACAGGCUACCCCAUUCCAGCUCCCAUUGAAGAAAUGCUCCGUGGUGGGAAAUGGUGGGAUUCUGAAGAAGAGUGGCUGUGGCAGACAAAUAGAUCAAGCAGAUUUUGUCAUGCGAUGCAACCUUCCUCCUCUGUCCAGUGAAUACACCAAGGAUGUUGGAUCCAAGACCCAGCUGGUGACGGCUAAUCCCAGUAUAAUUGAGAAAAGAUUCCAGAAUCUGCUUUGGUCUAGAAAAACCUUUGUGGAUAGUGUUAAAGUCUAUAACCAUAGCUACAUCUAUAUGCCAGCCUUCUCUAUGAAGACGGGGACAGAGCCAUCCCUACGGGUUUACUACACCCUGGAGGACUUUGGUGCCAACCAAACGGUGCUCUUUGCCAAUCCCAACUUCCUCCGUGACAUUGGCAAGUUUUGGAAGAGCAGAGGAAUCCAUGCCAAGCGGCUUUCAACAGGUCUCUUCCUUGCCAGCGCAGCCCUAGGUCUGUGCGAAGAAGUAACCAUCUAUGGCUUCUGGCCUUUUUCAGUGGACCUGCAUGGGAGGUUUAUCAGCCAUCAUUACUAUGACAACGUGUUGCCUGAUUCUUGGUUCCAUGCCAUGCCAGAGGAGUUUCUACAGCUCUGGUUUCUUCAUAAAAAUGGUGUAUUGAGAAUGCAGCUAGAACAGUGUGAGGCCCCUUUACUCCAGUCCUCUGCUUAA